AUGAAUGGUAUAAGUUCAGAAUCGUCUUUAGGAGAUGAAGAGAGUAUUUUCCGCCGUUUUGAACAGUUGCUAGUUUCAUAUGAAAAGUUAACGCUUAUGGCAGCAGAACAGGAAGAGCAUAACAGUCAAAUGGAAGCAACUGUGUUAAAAUUACUUAAAGAAAGGUGGGAACGAGAUCAGAGAUACGCAAGUAUCUUUUACAGGUUGUUGGGGUGUAUUGAAAAAGCACUUUGCAACAAGAUGAGUAGAGAUGAACUGAAAGAGGAAUACGAUAAAAUCAUUGAAAAAACACUAUUCUCUGACCAACAAGCAUACGAAAAUGCUUCGGUUGAGAAUGUUCGACUCAAGAAACAGCUUGAGAAAAAUAACCUAGAAGGUGAGCAACCUUCUAGUGAAGCGUAA